AGUUGUUUCUUUUAAUAGCAACAAUGGCUUCGACUGCUGCUCAAUUAUCGAGCAAGUUGUUGACCCAGCAGGGGUAUCUUAAAGUUCUCGAGCAGCGGAAAUGGUUGCAGAAUUUACUUCACACGUUCACCUUAGAAGCAGACAAAUCAGUUGAAAAACCUGUUGCUUCCCCUAUCGUGCUUCCGUAUGGAUCUAUUAUUUCGGGCACUUCGUUUCGCGAUGGUGAUGCGGAUUACGCAGUUGUGUUCUCUGCCGCAGACGAAAUUGCACACAAGUAUAAUAACGUGGUCAUUGAAAGGGAGAGGCAAGAGAAAGUGCUCGCCGAUCUUUUCUCUCACAUUCGGCAAAAUAACAGCUCCGUCGAUCUCCAGCCACAGCGCAUUUUUCGCGCUAGAAUGCCUAUAGUGCAGUAUGUUCGAAAGAGUCCAGAAGGCGAUUCAAAGUUUGAUCUUUCUCUUUCCAUCGAUGGCUUAAAGAAUACUCUGCUGUUGCGCUCGUAUAUGGUCGGUGACCCACGACUGAGACUUGGCAUUCUCUGUGCAAAGCAAUGGGGAAGAGAGCACCAGGUGCUAAACGCUCGCAGAGGAUGGAUCUCUCCGUACGCACUCACAAUAAUGUACAUUUAUUUCAUGAAAGCAACAGGUCGAACGCAAUUGUACAUAAGCGAAGACGACAUCGCUGAACGUGUGAAGGUGAUCGUUGAUAUUGUUGGCGGUACGGGAGGCAAAUUGGAAGACGUCGAAGAGUUCGCUUCUAUUCUUCCUUUCGACGACGUUGACACCUCUAUUGUUCAACAAGACGUGCAUGAAUUUUUUAACUUUUAUGGCGACCCUAGCUGUUUUGACUUCGACGUGUCUGUCGUUGAUAUCCGCUCGCGUGAUCGAUUUGCGACAAAGGAUGAGUGGUGUGAGGCUAUAAAAGACUUAGGCGAGGAAGAUCGUUGGCAUCUUUUGGGGCAUGAAAAUGUGCUUCUGCGAGAUCCUUUUGAGCCGCAUAGCCUUGGGCGCAGUGUGGAUUUCUUUCGCGGAGAAGAAAUGCGAGAAAAAUUUAGAACAGCGGCCCUCAAACGAGAUGCUCUGUCGUUUUUGUCGCCAGCCUGA